UAGCAGUGGGGACUUCUGAAGCCCUCAUUGAAUGGAGUAGAGAUACACUGAGAGGAAGGACCAGAGCAUCAACUGUGAAUUAACAGCGAAUCACAUUCUCAGAGGAUGCAGCUCUCAACGUUUUUCAGGACUGUGCUGGUGCUUGGCUUGGUGGUGGUGUUGCUGGGAGAAGUCUGCUCUUCUGCACAGAGUAGCGGUGGUAAAAAGAAAGGAAAGUGUAAGGCUCCAGCUGUGCAGAAAAAACAAAAUAAGGGCUGUCGAGGGAAGGCGAGGAAACUCUGCAUCACUGUGGACCCUGCUGUGAUACACUUUACAGAUUCCAGCCCCGUAGCUCCAGAUCGCUCCAUCUCACCCUGGACAUAUGAAGAAUAUUAUGAUGAAUCCCGCAUCCCUAGCCGCAUCUUUCAGGCAAAGUGUAAGAAAACAGGCUGUAUGACCAAAGAUGGACACGAAGACAUUGGGCUAAAAUCUAAACCUAUCUACUACCAGAUCCUGGUGCUCAAGAGAAUGAAGGGCGAUAAUAAUUCAUACUACUUCCAGCUGGAGACAAUGAAUGUCAGUGUGGGCUGCACAUGUGUUAAACCCUUUGUCAUUUCUCAGAAGGAGUAAUACUGCUGUUUCUGGUACGGUGAAAUGUAACAACGUAGCUUCUAGAGGACUUCUGUCCUCUACAGUAUAUCAGACUGUAUUUAUUGCUUAUACAUAGCACCAGUCAAGGCUUUGGCAGCAGUGUGUUUAGCAUAUUUUGGAACCUUAUAUGAAUCUGUACUAACAGCCAAGGAUCAAGGUCUGACAUGUUGUGAAUAGAUUUCAAUUUAAAAGAGUCCAUGCUGAUUUAUGUGUCACAGACGCUUUAAAAUCUGUGUAAACCUUACUGUGCUACUUUAACUUAUGAAGAACCUAAAUGACAUAUACUGAACAUCCUGAGAGCAUCACAGGACAGUGAUCAUGUGAUCUUAUUUAGAGAAUGUAGGAGUGGUGGGUUAGAGCUUCCACAGCUUCUACAGCUCUUUAAAUUUAAUUUGCUUUAAAUUUAAAAUGCUUUAAUUGUAUGUUUUAUGGUACAAAUAACUAGUUCCGACCUGUUUUCUAGAAAUAAAUAAAAUAUAAGUUAUGAAAUUUGUUGUGUUGUUUCUGUUACAUAAGGAUUGUAGCGCAGUCCUCCAUGCAUCAAAGUAAUUUUUAAAGCCUUUAUAAAAUACUUCUAUUUCAAAGCAUUUUAGAAGAUUUUUUUUUUCACUAGUAUUAAACACAACUGACUGAUUCUUUUCUCUACAA